AUGAGACUUUUCCAAAAAGUUUGGAUUGUUAUAACGUGUAUUUUAGCGUUACUAUUACAGACAACAAGUUUCUUUAAAGAAAAGUUAAACAGUGUUAUCUAUGAAAGAGAAUUAUAUACAAAUUAUUUGUCAAUAAUCAAAGAUACAAAGCAGUUCCAUUAUGAUCCAGAACUGAAAUUUAGAGCAAAACCUGCAACAAAUUCUUAUUCUCAAAAACUGUUACUGGAUGCUAAUAGAGAUGUAAUUACACCUGGUAAAGAAAAUGCCACUAUCGUUAUGCUUGUACGAAAUUGGGAAUUAGAUCAAGCUUUACAAUCAAUGAGAUCAUUAGAAGAUAGAUUUAAUAAAAAAUAUAGAUACCCUUGGACUUUUUUGAAUGAUGUUCCAUUUGAUGAAGAAUUCAUUGAAGCAACUACAUUAAUGGCAUCUGGUACAACUGAAUAUGGAUUAAUACCCAGUGAAGAUUGGGAUAGACCUUCAUGGAUUAAUGAAACUGAGUUUGAACAAAGUAUCAAAGAAAUGACAGAAAAUAAAGUUCUUUAUGGUGAUUCAAAAAGUUAUAGAAAUAUGUGUCGUUUUAAUUCAGGAUUUUUCUUUAAACAAAAAUUAUUACAAAAAUAUGAAUGGUAUUUUAGAGUGGAACCAAGUGUUGAAUAUUAUUGUGAUUUUAACUAUGAUCCUUUUGAAGUUAUGAGAUUGAACAAAAAGAAAUAUGGAUUUAUAAUUUCAAUUCAUGAAUAUGAAGAAACUAUACCAACUUUAUAUGAUACAGUUAUGGAUUUCAUUGAGGAAAAUCCACAAUAUUUACAUCCAAAUAAUUCAAUGGAUUUCAUAACAGAUAUGGACUCACUGUCAAACAUGCAUAUAAGAUUAGAUUUAUCAAAUGAUUAUAAUUUAUGUCAUUAUUGGAGUAACUUUGAAAUUGGUAAUAUGGAUUUCUUCAGAAGUGAACCAUAUCAGAAAUUUUUUGAGUAUUUAGAUAAAAAAGGUGGGUUUUAUUAUGAAAGAUGGGGUGAUGCACCUGUUCAUACACUUGGUGUUACUUUAUUGAUGGAUAAAUCUGAAAUUCAUUAUUUUGAAGAUAUUGGUUAUUUCCAUGCACCAUUUGGAAAUUGUCCAAGUAGUAAUGCCCUGAGAUUAACCAAAAGAUGUGUAUGUGAUGCCGAUGCUGAAAGUACAAUUGAUAUUGAAGAACAUAGUUGUUUACCAAGAUGGUGGAAAGUUGGUGGUAAAACAUUUUUGAAGGAUAAAGGUGUCUUUUAG